AGUUUGAUUGUUCGACUGCGUGGUGUGUGCCCACCAGCCUCUGCUAACGUAUUCUCGACCCUGGUUCGAUUCCCACGCCUGUCGAUAUGGACAACAUAUUUCCGGAUGAUGAUGAGACCACAGCAGUGGAACCUCCGACAAAGCCGGUGAAGCCCAUGAAACGGAAAAGAGCAGAGGAAGAAGAUGCCUCCUCCUCCUCGUCAUCUUCAUCAUCAUCAAGUGAUGAAUCGUCGUCAUCAUCAUCAUCGUCUGACUCGGAUUCUGAUUCCUCUGAGUCUGAGGAGACCCCUACUCCAGCCAAGAAGAAGGCUCGGCCAUCAUCAGCUGUAGAAGUGGUGCAGCCAGGGGAGGAGUCGGAAAAGGCGAUGUACGUGGCUGCAACUGGCGAGGGCGAUCAGAAGGAGUUUGUGUGGCGCGUGACGGAUGACGUGAAGGUUAAGGCUAAGUUAUGGAAGGGCAUGGUGUUUAUGGAUAUAAGGAAGUAUUUCGAUGAAGGUCGCAAGCCCACACAGAAAGGUGUCUUCCUCAACGUUGAGAAGUACGAGAAAACAAUGGCACGGCAGGAGAUGGUCACAGCCGCUCUAAAAUGGCUGGAUGAGGGUGGUCGAGCUAAGUCGCCGGUCCUUACGGGAGUGCUUCGCAAUGAUUCCACUUUCAUCGACCCCGACGGUGCUAUUAUCAUGGAAAUCGAUAAGGGCCUCAAGUUGAAGGUAUAUUCGUUCAAGGGCAUGUACUUAGUUGACAUCCGCUCGUACUUCAAGGGCAACGCUACGAAGAAGGGGAUUAGUCUUAAACCCGACGUGUAUUUCAAGAUUGCCAAUUGGACAGAUUGGUCGAAAGCGGUUGCUGUCGUUAAGAAGGUGAAUAAUCUGCCAGUGAAUUGAAGGUAAAUGAUGAUGACGUUGCUUGCUUUCGUACGGUUCGAUUUCGGCC